AUGUUGAUCGAUAAUGCCCCCUCUACUGCAGCACAAUCUGAUGUCUCUGUAAUUUACGAAGGCGGUCCUGGCUUUCAGGCAGCUGCUAAUGCAAUGGCGGAUGAAUGCUUCCUCCAUCAAUACUUGGGCGUGUAUUAUAAUAUCCCAGCUCCUGGCAAGCGCCCUGCUGAGGGCCCGCCUUUCUUCUAUGUCACAUGUGGCCACUUUAUUGGUGUCUUUUCCAGCUGGGAGACCACAUUGAAUGCUGUUUUGGGUGUCAAUGGUGCACUGUGUCAGGAAGUAGAUUCUGUUGCCCUGGGCAAGGAAAAAGUUAGGAAGGCCAUUGAGCAGGGGGAAGCUGAGAUCGUGGCAUCAUGGGAUAUGAAGGCUUCGCGCCGUUACAUUACAGGUGCACUACCAUCAGGCAGUGUCCAGCUUCAACCUGAAGCAUCUUAUCAAGACUUCAGUGACAAUUUCAUCGGGGAUGACAUAGAUUUUGGAUAUAUGGAUGAUGUGGCCAUGACUGAUGACACUCCAGUGCCUGCUAAGCGGAGACGCACUGCAGCUGAUAACCCCCUUCUAAUGUGGCUAGGCGAUCAUGACUACUAUCUGGCCGAACUCAUUCGGUUGGACGGCCAAGGUGACUACACCUCAGAUAGUUGCUGCCAAUGCAAUGUCUCUGCUCUUGCUCAGUUCCGAUGCAAUGACUGUUGUGACAUGCAGCUAUACUGUCAGAACUGCAUUGUCAUCAACCAUUUGCAGAGCCCCACUCACUGCAUCAAGGAGUGGUCAGGCUCAUUUUUCCGGGCUAUGUCACUUAAGAAGCUUGGUCUGAGGAUUCAGUUAGGGCAUGCAAUUGGCAAAAACUGUAUUCUGCCUCGCAAGGCAUUUAACGACGACUUCGUGCUAAUUGACACCAAUGGAAUACAUGAGAUAGCAAUCGACUUCUGUGCCCGUGAAACAUCUCAGACACAUACCAGGCAGCUCUUGCGCAUGGGCUGGUUCCCCUCGACGACUGUAGAUCCAAGGACUGCGGCAACUUUCCGAGUCUUGCAGCAUUACCAGAUUCUCUCUUUCGAGUCCAAGGCCUCCACAUAUGAAUUCUAUCACUCACUGGUUCAUAUAUCCGACAAUACUGGUUUGAUUAUAAACCCUUCAUGCUGGCGACACCUAAAGAUGUUGAAACGGUUUGGUCGCGGUCACAAUCCAGCUGGUGUGAGUGGUACCAAAGAGGGUGAAUGUGCCGUCCUCUGUCCAGCUUGCCCACAACCUGGCAAGAACCUGCCCUCUGACUGGAAAGAAGGGCCAAACGCCAAACGAUGGCUGUAUUCGUUGUUUAUAGCUAUCGACGCCAAUUUUCGCUUGAAAAGACAAGCUAUUUCUACUGAUGAAGCAGACCCAAGCCUCUCGAUGGGAUGGUCAUACUUUGUAGAAGAGAAGAAGUUCAAAACCCACCUCAAGGAGCAUUUGUCUGAGACGCAGGAGAAAAGUUCUUGCUCGAACCACAAUGCUGUGAAUGUGGCCGAGACGAAGCUAUCGCAGGGUCUUGCGGCUACUGGAGUAGGGACAGUUGAUUGCGCACGACAUAAUUUCAAGCACCCAAAUGGUGUUGGGGACCUACAAAAAGGAGAAAAGUAUGUUAACAUGGACUACCUUUUCUUCUCCACACUCCAUGAUAACUGUCUCAACACUCUGAAUGUGUCCUAUGACAUCGCAUUUCAAUGGCACAAAAACUUAUGGAGUCGCAUGGAGUCGCUACCCAAAUCGCACCACAUUUCCUACUUACAUGUUUUUAUCCGCUUCUUCAUCCCCAAGUUCCACCUUUCGGCACACAUCAACAAGUGUCAGACGAUGUUCUCUUUUAAUUUCACGCAUUUUGUGGGCCGCACAGAUGGGGAGGCACCCGAGCAUGGUUGGUCCAAUAUCAAUCCAGUCACAUCAAGUACAAAGGCAAUGGGACCGGGCUGUCGUAGGGACACCUUAGAUGAUCAUUUUGGUGAUUGGAACUGGAAGAAAGUCAUUGGCUUAGCAUUCAAUUAUAUUUACCGAGGUAUCAAUUAUCCAGAAAUCACGCAAGCUGCAGCCCGUCUGAAACUUGUGGAGAUGGAAGCACAAGAGCUUGCUUGUGGGAUCAACCUAUCUCUGCACCCUGACAUCUCCCUGAGUGUUCUUAUUGUGUUAGGGUUAGACCUCGAGGAGGAGCAACAUUGUGUGAAAGCAGCAUCUGAAGGGAUGGGUCUCCAUGUUUCUGAUACACAGAAAGGCACGCUCACGCGAAUGAGAAAUGUGCUGCGUCAUAAGAUUGAAACAUGGAGACAUCCAUGCAAUUCCAGACUUCGCGAGCAUGAAUGGGAUUUGUGGUACACCCAGGCCCACGAUGUGCUCGAAGAGCUUCAACAAUGCCUUCGUGUGCACUGCUCUAUGCUCACCUUCAAGCGGGAAUGGGUCCGUGGUCAAGGUUCCAACACUCGUGCUCAGAACGCACUUGCUUGUGUGCACGUGCGGCAGGUGACGUGCAAGAAGAGAUACAGGGUCGCCUGGGAGGACGAAGAUGUGAAGCCACUAGUGGACCCUUUCGGCAGAGAGACCGAAGGUCGCCGUCGCCUGACGUGGAUCUGGAUGAUGACGGGGGUGGAUACAGAUGGUGAUGGAGGUGACGUGGAUGGAGUUCACGUGGAAUGGUGCAAGUCCCGAGCAAGAGCAAUGCGCUGGGCGGAGGAGAUAGAGUUGUUACACAAGGAAAUGCAAAGGGUGCUGCAGUUUUUAGAUUGGCAAGCAGAGUGGUGGGAUAAGCAGCAGGACCGAUGCAACUGCGAGAUGACAGCUGAACGUGAGGGCUUGGUAGCAUAUGCCAACAAACAGGCAAACAUUCGAUGUCGGCUCGCAUCGCGCUUUAGACUGCUGUGGGCCGCUUACCUUCCCCAGCCCCCUCUGAGCUCGAGCUUUAUAUCAGGCGCACCCCUGGAUAACAUCACACAAUUCCCUGACCUCAUGCUGCCCGAUCUCUAG